GGCAACUAAAGCACCUCUGCCUUCAGCAAGCAGGUCCUUAUAUGGAAUAGGGAUGCUGAAAUGUGUGGACGUUUCGCACUUGCACUUCCCCACCAUGAGAUUCAACAACUACCAGGAUACCCGAACGUCCAGGUUGGUGGAUGGAUCGACCAAGACCAGUUUCAUCCGAGAUAUAACAUUGCACCUCGUUCUCGCGCUCCUGUGAUACGUCGCAACUUUGACGGGCCAUUCGAGGAAUGUGCUGCGGGCCCGAGAUACGUGUUACAGACCAUGAAGUGGGGUUUAGUCCCGCACUGGAGUAAGCACGAAGAUAAGACCCUCAGUACCACCAACGCUCGGGCGGAAAAUCUUGUGGAAGGUGGUAGUAUGUGGGGCCCCAUUAAGGGGAAGAAGCGCUGUGCUGUCAUUUGCCAAGGAUACUACGAGUGGCUGAAGAAGGGAAAGGAUAAACUCCCCCAUUUCACCAGGUUUAAAGACGGACGCAUCAUGCUGCUUGCCGGGCUCUGGGACUGCGCAACUCUGGAAGGCGAGAAGGAGCCGCUCUACACCUUUACAAUCGUGACAACUGAUGCUAACAAGGAGUUCAAUUGGCUGCAUGACCGGCAGCCCGUCAUCCUCUCGUCUCGGGAAGCUCUCGAGACUUGGCUGGAUACGUCAGGUCAGACAUGGACGCCUGCGCUCACGAAACUCGUGAAGCCUUUUAGUGAUGAGGCGGCACCGUUGGAAUGCUAUCAGGUCCCCAAAGAGGUCGGAAAGAUCGGUACCGAGUCACCCUCUUUCAUACAGCCUGUCUCCCAGCGGAAGGACGGGAUUGAAUCCAUGUUCGCCAAGCAGAAGGAGUCAGCGAAGAAACGGAAGCGCGGCGCUUCGUCUCUUGCGUCCUUACCAUCGUCGAGCCAGUCAAUUAUGGCAGGUAUUGGCGCCGAAGUUAAACAGGAAUCGGACGUGCCUACGUCUUCAGGCAAGAAGAUGAACACCUGGGAGGACGACGAGCUUGAGUAUACUGAUGAAGCAGAAACAAAACCAUUCAAACAGGACUCUACUAAGGAUGAACAGGAUGUUAUAUGCAUCGAUUCAGACAACGAGGAACUCAAGCCUCAAACUCAGCGUCCCAAGACAGAGGCACAGUCCCCGAAGACGCCAUCGAAACGGCCGAAAACACACCAGACUAAACCGCGAAAGACGCCGGAAGCGAAGAAACCUCAGGGUACGAAGGAUAUCUCCACCUUCUUCAAAAAAGUAUAG